ACGAGGAGGAGGACGAGGUCUCCCUGAGAAAGGCUCUAAGCAGACCGGGCCUGAGCAGAACGGUCUCUCCCUAUUACAGCCUGGGGAAGAGGCUGCUGUCCCCCUGGCUGUUUUUGCCCCCCUGGCUGCCCCCAUGGCUGGUCGGCUGAGAGGCCCAGGCAAACAGAGCUCCAUGGCCAUCUACAAAGACAGAUCUGAUGUCCAUAUCCCCGGGGACCCCUCUGAUCCUGGGAGAGCCAUGGUCAGAGGCAGCCUGCCCCUGGAGCUCAGAGAGUUGCAGCAGCAGACAGGCAGAUCCCUGGGCACCUUGAUCUUGGGUCCUGAUGGUGAGGUUAUACAGAUGUCCCCUUGGGACCCUAAUAAUAUGUCUGCCACUGAGGACCAGCCUGAAGACCAGGUCACAAGAGACCAUGGGGAAGCCAGUAAUCCUGAAAGACCCCAAACCAACAUGGACGAAUGUGAAUUAGUCCAAGAGGUGGGAUCUGAUGGACAAACGGUCGUGUCUGGUGAACAGAGACAGGAACCUGAAUCUCCCAGGAACAGAACUACACGGAAACAGCUGCACCCAGACGCUCAGAGACCCGGAGGACGACAUAAAGACAUGAUGGCUGCUCUGAGCUACAACCUCCGCAGCAGGACAGCACCAGUGGAGAUUCCAAGACAGGAGGAAGGGAAGGCGACACGGGAAGGAAAGGAGGUGAGGAGGGAGGAAGCUGAGGAGAAGUCUACGACAAGGAAGAGGAGGCAGGAUCUGGAUCAGACAGGUCCACAGACGAGUGGGGUAUCCUCCUUACCUACCACAGAAGAAGAAGAAGAAGAAGAGACCCAAAACAUCAACCCCCACAAACCUUCACAGCCAAUCCCCACAGGUCUCUCUACAGAACGGGCCCUCUCUCAGAAGAAAAAUCCCAAUCGCUCAGAGGGACCACUUACACCCAGUGGCAGGAAAAGAGGCCAUUCUAAGAAAACAAACGUGACAGUAGAUGAACAGAAUCCACAGCAGGUGGAGGGACAGACACAGGAAACAGGUGAACAAACCAUCAGAGAGAAGAAGAAGAAGGACACAUUGAAUAAAGAGGUGGAAUCACAGGACUCUCCCACUCUACAGAAAAUGACAAAGAGAAAAGUGAUUGAAGGACAAGAGCAGAACCAGGAAGUCUUCUCCAAGGAGGCGGGGAAGAAGAAGAAGGCCCGGGUCAAAGGAAAACCUAAAGAGAAGACGAACAAGACCAACGAGUCUGAGACGUCUCCAUCUGCGUUGGGUCCUGGUGGAGACGUGAAGAAGGACACUGAGGAGCGUAGCGUUGUCCAAUCCCCUAGAUCCAAUCACAGCUCUGUAAACAGGAGCUCCUCAUCCAAUGGGCAGUCAGGUCAGAGAUCACACAGAUCGACCUCCUGUGAGGACGAGGUUUUACCGUCCGGACAACGACGGUCCUCUCGUGACCAACUGUCAUCCUCCUCGGUUGUCGUGGCAGCGGAAACCCAACCGUUAAAUCUGGUCAUGUCUGACACCAGCAUCAGUACUAUCGGGCGAUUUCAGUCUGUAACUGAAACUGGCGUGGGCUUCGACAAGCUGUUGGCUGUUUGGCUGAGGAGACUGGCUGAGGAGGAAGAGAGACAACUUUUAGAGGAGAAGGAGACUGAGAGGAGAAGAAAGGAGCAGGCGGAGAAAGAGAGGGAGUGGAGGAAGAAGGAGAAGAAGAGACGACAGUUUGAGAUGAUUCAGAAGAUCAGACAGGAGGAGGAGGAACGCAGGGCAGCUGAGUUGGAGCUGCAGCGACUCGAGGAGGCGAUGAGUAAAGAAGAGGAUAGGAAGAGGCUGGCAGCGAUGGAGGACCAUGAGAAGAGAGAGUACCUGCAGAAACAGAAGGAGGAGGAAGAGGAGAGGAAGAAAGUAGUGGAGGAGAGAAAAAUCAGAGAGGAAGAGGCAGCGCAGUGGGCUAAAGAAGAGGCACGACUACAAGCUGAACUGUUCGCCAGGCAGAGGGCUAUGCUGGAGCAGCAGCUACAGUUUCGUCGAGGCUUGCUGACGGAGGCCGGGGCUCUGGGACAGACUCAGGACAUCUCUCGAGCUUGGGUCUACUCUUACUUCCAGCUCAUACAACUACUGGGGCUGACUGAGGUCCCCACAGCACAGGAAGACUCACCCGAAGACAUGUCCUAGAAUUUAAGGGGAAAACUAAAAGGAUGUGGCUGAACAGCAAACCAACGUUGAAUUUCCAAGUUGGGUCAAAUUAGGUUAUGAUUAAGGUAAGGGUAAGUUUAGGUCGGACUGUCAAUGGGAUGCUAGUCGGUCAGGUCCCUUCAGUCAGGUCCUUCAGUCACGUCCCUUCAGUCAGGUCCUUCAGUCACGUCCCUUCA